GCCCGGAAGUAGGCGCGGAGACGGGAGCGCGGCGGGCAGCAGCCAUGAGCAAAAGGAACCAGGUUUCCUAUGUGCGGCCGGCCGAGCCCGCAUUUCUCAGCCGCUUCAAGCGGCAGGUCGGGUAUCGGGAGGGGCCCACAGUGGAAACCAAGAGAGAGCAGCUUCCACUUGCAGAUGAUGACAGUGAGAACGGCAGUGACAAUGAGGAUGAGCAGCCUCAAGUGGUAACGCUGAAAAAAGGGGACUUGACUGCUGAAGAGGCAAUGAAAAUUAAGCAGCAAAUCAGAGAGGCUUCAAAGUCAGACAAAUCAGGUGCUGAACCAGAAUCAGAACCUGCUGAUGGAAAAAUUAUGUUCAGGAAGCCAGCCAAAAGGGUAUCAGAGAAGUCUUUGGACUUCAAUGUAAGUUCAAGUAAGAAGAUGAAAGAGGCAAAGAAAACGAAGAGAGAAGCAACUACUCCUCAGAGUACAGCUAAGCAAAUAAAAAAUAGCAGUCUUCUCUCAUUUGAUGAUGAGGAAAAUGAUGAUUAGGAGGUGUAUUUUUUUUUCCCUUUACUUACCCUCUAGGCAUCUGAGUAAGACUGAAGAUUUUCCUAGAAACCAAGGUAGGGUGUCUGAGUCUUCUCUUUGUUGUAGUCCAGCUAGAGAAAUACAGUGUAGACCAAGAAAGAGCUAAGGCACUGGACAAACAGGAUAUCAUAUCUUUGUUUUAAAAGAGAAUGCAACCAUGUGUGUAAAAGCUACUCAAAAUUGAGUAGCACAAUGUACAUUUACCUAUCCAGUUUAUAUACAUUUUCAAAACAUUGUUUUGUUUUUAAUUUCAACAUUUAAAAUGUUCUCCAUCACUUAAAGUGUUUCCUCUCUUAUUUAUUUGCCUUGUUGGGUGUUUUUUACCUGUUACUGUUGACUUGCCAUUCAAAAGAGAGAGAUUUCGUUACUGCAGAACAGAGACUGACUUCUGUCUCAUAGCUUAACCAAAGUCUGUGUGACUUUUGCCUGGGUGGUUUGGCAGAGCAGCUCCUUGCAGAGCCCUUGCAGCUGCUAAAAUCAGUAGUCUUAACCCUGCCUUUGAUGAAUGCAGCUUAAGAAGCAUCACAUUCAUUCAAAUUGAUUGUGCAGCACGAUACAGACUUUGGAUUGUCAUUGAUGGUAUCAAGUGAUGCAAAAGAAAGAUGUCCAAGCCCUUGGAAACUGUGCACUUUGGUUAGCACAGUGAUGGGCCCAGUGGUUUGCUGCUGGGUCUGGUUUGUUCUUUUAAAGUAUAUUUGGUUCAGCUGGCUACCUAUGUGUUCAGAAUUAUUUGGGAUUUCAAACAGCUAAGUAAAAAAACACCAC